CCACUUUUGUACGCGACAUGUGCACAUACAAGUAUAUAAAUAGCUGUAGUGCCGAUACCAUUAUUUUCAGAAAGUUUGGGCCGAUCAAAUUAAACCGUUUCUGAAGGGUGCAGGGGAGCUCGAGAUUCAGCAUCAAUCCACAAGGAUCGUAAGGGGGCAGGGAGGGAAAGAUGGCUGAUGAUGAGCAACAGUGGAAGAUCCCACCGAACGUGCAGGAGCUAGCUGCGGCCGGCAGAGACGAGCUGCCGAGCCGCUACGUGGUCUGCGACCAUGACCGUCCCACCUCCGGCGUCGCCAGCGACGACCCCAUCCCCGUCGUCGAUCUCAGCCGUCUGUUCUCCGGCGCCGCCGACGAGGCUGCCAAGCUGCGUUCCGCCCUCCAGAACUGGGGACUUUUCCUCGCCGUUGGGCACGGGAUCGAGCCGGCUCUCCUCGGCGAGAUGAUGGCCGUGACGACGAAUUUCUUCAACCUCCCGCUAGAAGAGAAGCAGAAGUACACAAACCUGGUGGGCGGCAAGAAAGAGCACCAACUCCAAGGCUACGGCGGCGACAUGAUCCUGUCCGAGUCGCAGGUCCUGGACUGGAGCGACCGGUUCUACCUCAUCGUGGAGCCGGAAUCACGCCGUCUCUACGACCUCUGGCCGACGCAGCCCCCUUCCUUCCGGGACAUCCUGCACCGAUACGCCACGCAGUGCAGGGAGCUCGCCGACGGCGUGCUCCGGGAGGUCGCCAAGGUGGUCGGGCUGCGCGAGGAAGGGUGCCUGGUUGACAUGCUGGACGAGAAGGCCGUGACAUACGUCCGGCUCAACCUCUACCCUCGCUGCCCGCGCCCUGAGAAAGUCCUGGGUUUCAGGCCUCACUCCGACGCCUCCGUGCUCACCGUCGUCCUGAACAACGCGGCCGGACUCCAGGUGCUACGCGAUGGCGAAUGGUACGACGUGCCCGUGGUCCCCGGCGCGCUGGUGGUGAAUUUAGGGGAUACGGUGGAGGUGGUGAGCAAUGGUCUGCUGAAGAGCCCGGUUCACAAAGUGGUGGCGAAUUCGGAGAGCAAGCGGGUGUCGGUGGCGGCGUUCUACACGGCAGACCCGGAGAGGGAGGUGGAGCCGGCACCGGAGCUGGUGAGCGACGAGAGGCCCAGGCGGUACGGGAAGAUGAAGAACAGCGACUACAUCAGGGAGCUCCACGAGAGUUUGGCGCGAAGGGAGAGGGCAAUCGACAGGGUGAAGAUCUGAUCGAAAUUAGCACCUGGUGCCUUCUGCUCUUCUUGAAGGAUCUAUAUGCGGAUUACUGCACGUGCGGGGUGCGGUGUUGGAUUCACUCGUACUAUCACUCUGAAACCCACUUUAUUUUUUCUUCGUUGUAGUGCACUGUAUAUAAAAUAAACCACACACUAGUAUUAUCUCUUAGGCUAUAUUUUGUACAUAUAGCUUUUGUAUAUGUCGAUGUAUUUAGUCUAUGUAUUUGUAUCUUUACUAUUAGUUUGCAAUGCGACCGUUGUGUCGUAUGUCA